AUGGUUGUCCUACCCGAUCCCACCAGCGACAAAUGGCCAUAUUUUGGACACGUGUAUCUCCGGCAAGAUAGUCUAGACCCUGUACAUCGACAACACCAUCGCCAUCGCCCCCGUGAUGAGACUCUCCGUCUCUGGAAUUAUCAUCUGCCUCUUGAGACACAAAAAGAUCAAUUUAAGUUUGUUUUAUUUUUGCAGCGGCUGAUGACGAUGGUGGAGGAACAUUAUCGAAAUAGACAUCGCCAUGGAGACAAAUAUGGGGAGUGGAAGAUUAGUAAACCCAUUGAUGAUUGGUACAAACAGAGUAUCCGAGAUUUAUCAGGACUGGGAGUGGAUGAAAAUCUCAUGAAUGGAGAAUGGAAGAAAGUGAUUCAGAGGGUGAAUAGAAAAGAUGCGAAAAUAGAAAGGAGGGAGGCGGAGAGGGUACAUUUGAAGAAGAAAGAAAAGCAGAGGGAGCAUGCACAUCAUCGGUAUCGCGGAGACAGUGAGAGGAGGAAAAAGGAGAGGGAAAGGUAUAGAGGAUAUUACGAACCAUCCGAAGACACUCGAUAUCAUGAUCUACACGUUCUACAUCACAAGCCCAAGAAAGAAGAAAAAUCAAAAGAACCCAACAAGGAAAAAGAAGCCACAAAAGGAACACCAAAGUGGCUAAUCUGUUCCAAGCGUCACUGUUCCCGCACCCACGAAAUGGUAAAAUGUAACAGUCGCUGCGGUCUAACAUCUUGCAAAGAUAAAACUCAUCGCUGUCAUAAGACAUACAUCGAUUAUGCAUGUUCGGAUCCGGAUUGCGAGGAAUGUACAAAACAAAGGGAGAAAGAAGAGGAGUGGGAGAAAAAAGUUGCGAAUCCGAAGUUUGAAGAGAAAUGGGUGGAUUGUUCUUGUGAGGAUCCGUGGUGUAGGAGGAAGGUUUUGGAGAUUAAGGAGAUUGAGAGGCCGAAGGCGAAACUGUUUGUUACGAAGUGUUGA